AUACGCGAAUCCAACGCUGGCUGUACCCGUGCUGUCUUCCGAUGGCUUUUCUUCCCCUUCCGGGAACCUCUAUACACCCACCGUCCACCUUCCUCACCUAUUUAUUCAACCACCUCUCUCUAAAUCUCCUCAUCGAUCUCAAAUCAAAAUAUUGAAAUCAACCCAAUUCACUAAUCAAUUUCUCAUUCUCUCUAUGGCAACCAGCAACCAAUCUCAAUCUCAAUUCCAAGAUUUCUUGCCUGUAAUGGCGGAUAAACUGGGCGGCGAUGGUUUAAUUGAAGAACUAUGCAAUGGGUUUCAGUUGCUGAUGGAUCGUGAAAAGGGUGUGAUCACUUUCGAUAGUCUGAAGAAGAAUUCUUCCCUUUUAGGUCUUCAAGAUUUGUCAGAUGCUGAUCUUUUGAGCAUGUUGAGAGAAGGCGAUUUCGAUGGUGAUGGUGCGCUUAGUCAGAUGGAAUUUUGUGUUCUUAUGUUUAGAUUAAGCCCUGAUUUGAUGCAGCAAUCUGAGUUUUUGUUAGAAGAAGCUUUGGAACAGGAGUUCAAUAAUUUCCAACAUUGAAUUGUAAAACUUUCCAUUUUAGUUGUUGCUUGUUUCUUUACAAAAAUUAUAAAUCUUUGAGUUUGUUGAUAA